AUGUACGUUACAGAAUUUAUUGAUUCCAAAAUAAAACAGCGGAGAGUGCUACUGAUAUCAAAACAAAACUCUCCAGUUUGUCAGACUAUUGAGGGAAUUUUGAGAACAUACAACCUGAAUAAAGAACAGGAUAACAAUUUUGAAGUACUAUGUAUAGAUUGCAGGAGGGAUUGCACUACAGUAGAAACAUAUUUAUGGCAUAAGCUAAUCUACAGAAACAGGUACCACAUUUAUUUCUGGAUGGCAAGCAUAUAGGAGGAGAACCAGAAAUAAAGCGCUUACAUGAAAGCGGUGAAAUGAGACGAAUAUUUAAGGAAGCAGGUCUUUGAAAACUUAUAAUCAAAGUAACAAACUAAGGAAUGUAGAAAGGAACUUAUUAUUGAUAAACACUUCCAAUAGAAGGUUGCUACGAAAUAU